AUCAUGUUCGAGACCUUCAACACCCCAGCCAUGUAUGUGUCCAUCCAGGAUUUGCUAUCCCUGUAUGCAUCUGGCAGGACAACUGGUAUUGCGAUGGUGACUGAAACUGUGCCUAUCUAUGAAGGCUAUGCCCUUCCUUAUGCCAUCCUUCGAUUGGACAUGGCUGGCCGAGACCUCACUGACUACCUGAUGAAGAUCUUGAUUGAGAGAAGGUAUACCUUCACGACUACAGCUGAGAGAGAAAUUGUACGAGACAUCAAGGAGAAGCUGUGCUAUGUUGCCCUCGACUACGAGCAGAAAAUGGCCACAGCCGCCAGCAGCAGCAGUCUGGAAAAGUCUUAUGAGCUGCCUGAUGGUCAGGUGAUCACGAUUGGAAAUGAGCGCUUCCGUUGCCCUGAGGCUCUCUUCCAGUCCUCAUCGGACAUGAAUUCCUGUGGCCUCCAUGAAAUCAUUUACAACUCCAUCAUGAAGUGCGAUGAGGAUAUCUGGAAGGACCUGUAUGCCAACACAGUGCUGUCUGGAGGAAGCACCAUGUUCCCAGGAAUUGCUGAUCGCAUGCGAAAGGAAAUAACAUCUUUGGCUCCCCCUACCAUGAAGAUCAAAAUCAUUGCUGCACCAGAGAGGAAGUAUUCAGUUUGGAUUGGAGGGUCCAUUUUGGCAUCUCUUUCCACAUUCCAGCAGAUGUGGAUUUCCAAGCAGGAAUAUGAUGAAUCCGGGCCGUCGAUUUUUCACCGCAAGUGGUUUUAGUCGCUUCGGUUACCCAUUCCAUCCAUGGGCUCUCGUGCUUCUGCAUUCCACGCUGCAGAUUUUUCGUCAUUUCCAGAGACUUUUCAAUAAAGAUACUUUUUUUUGUCUCUG